GAAAAGGGAUCCCUCUGCCAGGCUGAGGGAUUCCCGGGUUCCGCGUUAGUGGCCCUGGGUUCUGAAUCUGUGACCGGUACCAAAUUGUGCUCCACGUGUGACAGAACUUGAACUCGAAUCAAAAUGCUCUGAAGAGCAGUUAUAAGACUACUUCAGGAGACUCACUGCAUCAUGACCCAAAACAAAGAACCUGCUUUUGGAUGUUUUUAUUUUGUUUGCAUCAUAGCCUUAACAGUCGGAAGCAUAAUCCAGUUCUCUGAUGAAGCUGAGUUUGCUAUAGACAUGUCAAGAAAACGCCUUACUCAUGUUCCAAAAGACUUGCCAUCAAGAACAGAGAUCUUAGAUUUGUCUCAAAAUGACAUAGCUGACCUUCGAAUGUCUGAUAUCAGCUUUUUGUCAGGAUUGAAGGUUUUGAGACUUUCCCAUAACAGAAUUGAGAGCCUUGAUUUUAAUGUUUUCAAGUUCAACCAGGAUUUGGAAUACUUGGAUGUAUCUCACAAUUGGCUGCAAAACAUAUCUUGCUAUCCUGUAGUGAGUUUCAGACACUUAGACCUCUCAUUCAACCCCUUCCAUGCGCUGCCCAUGUGUAAAGAAUUUGGCAACUUGACACAGCUGAAUUUCUUGGGGCUCAGUACUACAAAGUUCCAACAACUAGACCUGCUACCAAUUGCUCAUUUGCACCUAAAUUACCUUCUUCUGGACUUAGCAGGUUAUUAUGUUAAAGAAAUGGAGGUCGAAAGUCUUCAGAUUCUAAAUACCAAAACACUUCACUUAGUCUUUCAUCCAAAUAGUUUGUUCUCUGUGAAAGUGAACAUGUCAGUGAAUACUUUAGGGUGCUUACAACUGAGUAAUAUUAAACUGAAUGAUGACAACUGCCAACUUUUUACUAAAUUUUUAUUAGAACUCACUAGAGUCCCGUCCUUAUUGAACUUUACGCUGAAUCACAUGGAAACGACUUGGCAAUGCCUGAUUAGAUUCUUCCAGUUCCUUUGGCCCAGAUCUGUGGAAUAUCUCAACAUUUACAACUUAACAAUAACUGAAAGUAUUGAUGAAGGAUAUUUUACUUAUUCCAAAACAGCAUUGAAAGCAUUGAGCAUAGAGCAUAUUACAAACCAAGUGUUCCUCUUUUCACAGACCACAUUAUACACUGUGUUUUCUGAAAUGAACAUCAUGAGGCUGACCAUCUCUGACACACCUUUUAUUCACAUGCUUUGUCCACGUGUACCAAGCACAUUUAGAUUUUUGAACUUCACCCAGAAUGUUUUCACAGAUAGUGUCUUUCAAAACUGCUCUACCUUAAUAAGACUGGAGACACUUAUCUUAAAAAAGAAUGGCUUGAAAAACCUUUUCAAGGUAGGUCUCAUGACUAAGAAUAUGUUAUCUCUGGAAACACUGGAUGUUAGCUGGAAUUCCUUGGACUCAAAUAUGUAUGAGGGAAUAUGUAGCUGGGCUGAGACUAUAGCGGUGCUGAAUUUGUCUUCCAAUGUGCUUACUGACUCUGUCUUCAGAUGCUUACCUCCUAGGGUCAAGGUACUUGACCUUCACAAUAACAGAAUAAAGAGCAUUCCUAAAGGAAUCAUGAAACUAGAAACUCUGCAAGAACUCAAUGUUGCAUCUAAUUCUUUAACUGACCUUCCUGGAUGCGGGGCCUUCAGCAGCCUUUCUGUGCUGGUUAUUGACCAUAAUUCAGUUUCCCACCCCUCAGCCGAUUUCUUCCAGACCUGCCAGAAGAUUAGCUCCAUCGCAGCAGGGAACAACCCAUUCCGAUGUACAUGUGAGCUGAGAGAAUUUGUCAAAAAAAUAGGCCAAGUAUCAAGAGAAGUGGUGGAGGGCUGGCCUGAUUCUUACAAGUGUGACUACCCAGAUAGCUCCAAGGGAACCCCACUGCAGGACUUUCACAUGUCUCCACUGUCCUGCAAUACUGUUCUGCUGACUGUCACCAUCGGGGUCACCAUGCUGGUGUUGGCUGCCACUGUGGCCUUCCUCUGCCUCUACUUUGACCUGCCCUGGUAUCUCAGGAUGUUGUAUCAGUGGACCCAGACCCGGCGCAGGGCUAGGAACAUUCCCUUAGAAGAACUCCAGAGAAAUCUCCAGUUCCAUGCCUUUGUUUCAUACAGUGAAUAUGAUUCUGCCUGGGUGAAGAAUGAAUUGGUACCUUUCCUAGAAAAAGAAGAUAUCAAGAUUUGCCUCCACGAGAGAAACUUUGUCCCUGGCAAGAGCAUUGUGGAAAAUAUCAUAAAUUUCAUUGAAAAGAGUCACAAGUCCAUCUUUGUAUUGUCUCCCCACUUCGUCCAGAGUGAGUGGUGCCAUUAUGAACUCUACUUUGCCCAUCACAAUCUCUUCCAUGAAGGUUCUGAUAACUUAAUCCUGAUCUUGCUGGAACCCAUCCCACAGGACAUCAUUCCCAGCAAGUACCACAAACUGAAGGCUCUCAUGGCAAAGCGGACUUACUUGGCAUGGCCCACAGAGAAGAGCAAACGUGGACUUUUUUGGGCAAAUAUUCGAGCUGCUUUUAAUAUGAAAUUAACAUUAGUCGCUGAAAAUGAUGAAACCUUGAAGAGGCCCCAAAGCGAGUUGGCUGAACUUGGAUUGAAACCUCUGAAGCAUGAGCCAAGCUCAACUUUUCAUCCUUCGUUUGUCUCAGGGAGCAUUCAUCAUGGCAGGAAGGCACGGCAGCAAGUGGCAGGCAUGGCAAUAGGAAGCAAGGAGCUCACAUCUUGAACUGCAAACAUGAAGCAGAGAGAGCAAGCUGGAAGUGGGACAAGGCUGUGAAUCAAUACAGUUAUACAAUAUUGAACUGAGUAUAAGCCCUGUAAGACAUAAAAUUGAAUGAGUUUUUAA